UAAAAGAAACAGCAAAUGCAGUAUUUUUCUCACACACAACCCCCAAAACAAAAACUAAACUAAAAAGAGAGAUCUUGUGACAAAAAAAAACUAAAAAGAGAGAUCAAAUCCAAAGAGUGAUCAUGACAAAGAAGAUAAAACUUGCGUUGAUGGCAAAUGAAAACUUAAGAGCAUUAUCCUUGAAGAAAAGGAGGUCCGGGUUAGUGAAAAAGGUAAAAGAACUAACAAUAUUAUGUGAUGUAAAAGCUUGUUUGAUCAUGUUCUCCCCUAAAGAGGCUGUGCCAAUGGUGUGGCCAUCUGCUGAGGCGGCUCGUAACCUCCUCAACGACUUCAAUGCCUUGCCAGAUUUCUUGAAGAAGAAGAAUGAGACGACUCUGGAGUCCUACCUGAAGGAGAAGACAUGGAAGGUUCACGAGAAUUUGAGGAAGACUCAGAAGGAGAACAUGGAGGGUAAGAUAGAUCAGCUGAUGGUGCAACUAAACUGCUUCCGUAGCCGUAAAGUUGAUGAUCUUGACGUGAAAGAGAUCUAUUCAUUGAUCUCUUUCUCAAAGGAUGGCAUCAUGCAUUUAAGGAAGAAGGUAGGUUCUGUUCAGCACUGUCCUCUUCGCGAUCCACCGGUGUAUCCAUUUGGAGAGCAAGUCAAGGAGUUUAGGACCACCACAGGAGGCGGCCAGGAACACGAGAGAGCUAGGAAGACUUUUGAAGAGGUGAACAUGGCUAGCAUUGGUGCUUCAAAGGAGAAGCAAAGUUACUACUUGAUGGAUGAAUGGACUUUCCCAUCUUUGAAGCCACCUUCCCCUCGAACUCAUCAACAAAUCAUGAUGAACAUGGCAUCUUACAUCAGCAAUCUAGACCCUAGAUGUUAUCAGAGUUAUCAUCCAUAUCAAGGAAGUAGUAGCAAUGGAGACUAUAGUUUGGAGAUGGAGCCGGCUUUUCCACCAAUGUUGGCCUUCCCUGAUUUUGUUGGGCCAGUGUCUCACCCGUACCCUUUUGAUUUCAUGAGCCAUGAGGAACGAAGCAACAUCAACAAUAACAACAACGCUAACAAUGGUUUUGUCCAGAGACACCAGCAGUAGCAAAUGGAACAACCGCAGAAGAAGGUAAUGUUGGUGCUAGCUCAUUUGAUCUUAGUUAUAUGGAUUGUUCGGGAAUUAACAAUCAUCAUUUCUAGAUUUGUAGAAAUGUAUUAUGUUUAAAAUUUGGUAUUUAUUUCUUUGAAACUAUGUUUGUGCGGUUGAUUUUUUUUUUCUGAUUAUGUUUCUUUUUUUUAUUGCUUUUGAAUUUAUGGAUCUCUAUUAUCUUGUUGUUUUGAAUAACCAUGAUGU